AGACACCUAGUUAUUCCUGUACUGUGUACAUAGGUUUAAGACUCUUCUAUCUCUUCCCUGUUCAGGUGAAUGGCAGGGACUACUCCAAGGCCAGCCAUGACGAGAUGGUGGAGGUCAUCAGAAGAGACCCCAUCGUGGUGCAGGUUGUCCGUCGCCAUGGCAACCCCACCCACUCACACCAAACAUUACAGGAAGUUCACGUGGUGGACGUGUGCACGCAGACGGACAUCACUUUUGAACACAUCAUGGCCCUGGCUAAGCUGAGGCCUGCUACUCCACCUGUACCUGACAUCUGCCCCUUUCUGCUUUCAGACAGCUGUCACUCCAUCCACACCAUGGAGCAUGAAUUCUACGAGUGUCCAGAGUACCUCUCCAACACCCCAGCUGAAGUGGACAGGCCAGAGGAGUUUGAGUAUGAG